AGGUUUGGAUCCAUUUUGGCUGGGAUUCGCUGAAGUUUGCAGAAGCUCCAUCUUGGUAUAAUUUGUCUGGUAGAACCUGGAGCAAACAAACCGUUAUAACUUGCACUUAAUCCCGUUGUAAAGUGGGAAAUGACGACAUCAGCCAAAAAACAAAAGGCUAAGUUAACAGAGGAGACAAUAGUUGAGUAUAAAGCACAAUUUGAUACGCUAGACCAGAAUAACACGGGGAAAAUAUCGGUUCCGGAUGUAAGUUUGUUGAUGCGGCGAGUGGGUUUGAUGCCUUCAAAUAUAGAGAUUGAGGAAUUGAUAACUGAAGUGGAUAAAGAGAAAACAGCUCUAAAUGAAGGUAUAACUUUCAAUCAGUUCUGUGAAAUAGCAUCAAGAAAAUACAAUGACAUAUAUACAGAAUCAGAUAUAAUUGAAGCAUUUCGUACAUUUGAUGUUGAAAAUAAUGGCUUUCUCUCUGCUUCUGAGCUUCGUCGUGCACUAUGUACGAUGGGUGAGAACUUGACAGAUGAGGAAAUGGAAGCCAUGCUAGAUUUAGCUAAAGUUGACAGCGAUGGUAAUGUACAUUACGAGGAAUUUGUUCGUUCUAUUUUCUCAGAAUUUUAAAAGGGCUAUGUCAGUCAACCCUUUACAAUUUCAUUUUCAUAACUCAAAAAUUCUGAUUUCGAUCUACACAUUUUCAACCGAUGUAUUUAUCAAAUAUUUCAAAAAAAAUAUGUGUACAAAGAAACGAUUACCACCGUAACCGGUAUAACAGUUUAUACAUAGUGCACAAAGCUUUGAAUAAAAAGACAUUAUAUUGGGUACAUUUAAAAUACGAAAAGAAUGAUAGAACUAUUUUGUUAAAAC